CAAGCCCAUGCUAAACCCCGGCUGCCCCGGCUCACACUUUUUUCCCAUCCGAAGUUCCCCAGGACACCUGUUCAGACGUGUGGAGCACCUUCCCACUAUGCCUGGAUGGCGUCCCUUUACUUAGGGCCAGCAGGCAUGGAAGAGGACUCAAGCACAGAUGAGUGCGUCCAGGCUGGAGCAUCAUGAGGAUCGGCCUGUGGUGUCAGCUGGGCCAAGCAUCCGGAGACUCAGAAGAGCAAGCGUAGGAGCUCAAAACAAAUCAAGUGACUAGGAAAGGCGCUCCUGUAGCGUUUCCUCCUGGGAACUAGGAAAAGUGAAAGGUGCGAGGGAGAACUGGAGCUAAUUGGGUUAGGGGAUGAACACUCCUGGCUCAGAGGGCCAAGUGCCACAGGCACAGGAGCUAGUGGUGGGUGGGGUUAUGGGGAGCACCCAGGAGCACCCACAUUCCUGGGAGAGAGCACACCUGUGGUCUGGAGAGAAGAGUCUCUCUGAGUUGUUCCUCACUUUGAUAGAUUUGGGAGCAAAAGGAGUUAGUGCAGGAAAAGCAGAAGGAUCCCAAGCAGCCAACCCCUACCGCGGGAAAACGGGUCCACAGCCUGACAGCUUGCUAGCGCGGCCUCCUCACCCCGCCACCACGGCGUCUCUGCAGGAGUCAGCAGCGCCCCCAUCAGGCCAGUGCCGGUGGAGGCGGCCCUCAGGACCUUGGGCCCUGGAGGAGCGAGUCAUCCCUGAGGGGCUUCUCUGCCAAGGCACACCGUGCCUCUGCCCCACCUUUCCCGAAAGUUCUACCGGAGACAGGAUUUUGGAAGCAGGGAGUAGCAGCCAGAAUGAAGACAGUGCGCGUGACCUUCCCCUCGGAAUCUUCGUGAGUCCUGAGGCAGCUGUUGCCUUUUAUUCCUCCAUCUGUGUGCGUUUGGUCACAUUUGUGCAGGUGCCCUUCAGAAGAUUCCACGCUCCUGAACGGAUCAGAGGACGUCUGAGAAUGACAUCUCCCGCGGAGUGAGGUACCUUCAGCCUUCCAGAAUCCACACAGGGGUUUUCCCUCCAUGCCUGGCUGGGUGCUGGGCUCACGGUCCAUGCCCCAGUACUAAUCUCCAUCUCCUCUACAAACACUUGAUGUGGGGCAUA